CAUCCACUGUGCCUGCAGGCAGAGAGCAGUCGCCGUGCAGGACUGAUCAUGCUGGGGACGGGGCUGACCCUGGGACUGGCACUAGUGCUGGCCAUCUGCAGCGAGCCUGCUGCGGCCCUGCAGUGCUACACAUGUUACGAGCCCGUGGACGUGUCCAGCUGCAUCACCAUCACCACGUGCAAGCGCAAUGAGACCAUGUGCAAGACCACCCUGUACUCACAGGAGAUUGUGUACCCAUUCUUGGGCGACUCCACGGUCACCAAGUCGUGUGCCAGCAAGUGCCAACCGUCAGACGUGGACGGCAUUGGGCAGACGCGGCCGGUGUCCUGCUGCAACGCGGAUCUGUGCAAUGUGGAUGCAGCGCCCCCUCUGCGUGCCCCCCACCUGGGCCUUGCCCUCCUGCUGGGGCCCCUGCUCAGCCUGGGCCUCUAGGCCCUGCGCCUGCCCAAACCCCAAGCGAGGCCUUCAGAUGCUUCACCUGCGAGCAGCCUACGGUCAUCGAGGCCUGCAGGAACAUCACCCGGUGUGGCCAGGAGCACACAGCCUGCAGCACCUCGCUGGUCAUGGGCCGCUCAGGUGAGCCCUGAACGAAAGGCCUUGGGAACAUAGGGACAGCUCCAUGCUGGGCUGGGGGGCAGGAAGCAGGUGGGUGGGGGGCAGGUGCCUGGAGCAGCCCUGACACCAAGGCCCCCCAGAGUUCCCCUUCAACCAGAGCCCCCUGGUGAUCCGCUCCUGCUCCAGCUCCUGCAAGGCCACGGACCCCGACAGCAUCGGGGACGCGCACCUCAUCCGCUGCUGCUUCCAGGAC